AUGGCAGUCGAUGGAUAUCGUAUAACACUUGACAACGAUCUUGAUGAAUGGUCAGAUGUUGAAGCGGUUGAAGAAAUGAAUGAGAUUGGAGAAACGUCAACAAGACAAAAUUCAGGUAAACCAAUCAAGGUGGAUUUAGAAUAUCAGAAUGAGCUGAGGAAAGUUAUUCUUAGUAUACAAAAUGAUCUUAACAUACCUCAGGAUGAAAAGGCGAAGAAAGUUCAAGAUUUGAUGACAUUUCAUUGGCGGAAAAAUGAAAAAAAGUCAACAGAUAAUUUAAAUAUCGAUGAUGAAUUUAUCGAAGAUGACCUCAAACCAACAUAUACUACUAUUCAACCUGCCAACAAAGCUUGCAAUAAUUGCAAACAAGAAUUAGCUCGGUAUUACUGUGACAAAUGUAAAUUCUGGGAUGAUCACCAAGCUAGAGACAUUUAUCAUUGUGAUCAGUGCGGAAUUUGCCGCCAGGGGCGAAGUAAAGAUUUUUUCCAUUGCGAUCUAUGUGGUCAUAGUUUGCAUGAGGAGUGUUUCAUAGAAUACAGCAAAACUGCAUACCAAUGUCCAACAUGCUGCAAGUCUAUUGCAAACAUGGAAAUUUAUUUUCGGCGGAUCGAUGCUAUUGUUGCUCAACAAAAAAUGCCACCCGAAUAUGAGAAUUUCGUUGCACACAUAUUAUGCAAUGACUGUGAAAUACGUAGUACUGUCAGUUAUCACUUUUCAUAUCAUAAAUGCCCUGAAUGCCGAGGAUACAAUACCAAAGUCUUAGAAAUAAAGUCAGAACAACCAGAAAAUAAUCCACCCAAGAGUGAAGGGUCAAGCACUUCGACAACUAAUAGUGGAUCACCUAAUAAUUCACAAGUGCGACAGUCAAGAGUUAUGGAAGCUACUGCUAUGAUGCAACGUGAAGAAGGGCCAACUGAUGGGGGGAAUGUGACAGAGCAUCGGACAAGAAAUCCCUUGAAUUCAAUAGAAUCAAAUAAUGAUGCUUAG